UAACUUGAGUAUGGAGAGUUUCCUCAGGGAGUUUCCCCAGGACAGUUACAACUGUUCCUCCCACCAGGGCACAGGAUCGAUCUCCGAAAACUUCUGUUACUCCUCCCCUCUCCCGGAACACCGCUACCUGGCCACACCCACCAGCUGGACCUCUGACCGCCACCCACUAUCCAAGAGCCCCUGGGGCUGCCUAGACCCCUACACCUCUGAGGACCAGGACAGGGAGUAUGUAGGCUUUGCUACUCUGCCCAACCAGGUACACAGGAAGUCAGUGAAGAAGGGAUUUGAGUUCACUCUGAUGGUGGUAGGAGAGUCUGGUCUGGGUAAAUCUACACUAGUCAACAGUCUGUUCCUUACAGACCUCUACAAGGACAGGAAGGUGCUGAAUGCAGAGGAGAGGCUGGCUCAGACUGUGGGCAUCACUAAGAACACAGUGUGCAUCGAGGAGAAGGGAGUGAAGCUCAAACUCAAUGUAGUGGACACACAAGGCUAUGGAGAUGCCAUCAAUAAUACAGACAGCUAUAAGUGUGUGUCCGACUACAUUGACCAUCAGUUUGAGCAGUACCGCAGGGAUGAAUUCGGCCUGAACAGAAAGAACAUCCAGGAUAACAGAGUCCACUGCUGCCUCUACUUCAUCUCUCCCUUCGGACAUGGUCUGCGGCCAUUGGAUGUAGAGUUUAUGAGGGCUCUGCAGGACAAGGUCAACAUCAUCCCUGUUGUGGCCAAAUCUGAUAGUCUCACUUAUGAUGAGGUAAAGAAGAAGAAGAUCAGGAUCCUAAGUGAGAUAGAUAAGUACAGGUUAAAGAUCUACCAGUUACCAGACUGUGACUCUGAUGAGGACGAGGAGUUCAGGAGGCAGGACAUGGAGCUCAAGAGGAGCGUUCCGUUUGCAGUGAUUGGCAGUAACAUGGUGGUGGAUGUUAAUGGUCGGCGGAUCCGCGCCCGUCUCUACCCCUGGGGAGUGGUGGAAGUGGAGAACCCAUAUCACAGUGACUUUGUCCACCUGAGGAACAUGUUGGUGAGGACUCAUAUGCAGGACCUGAAGGACAUGACCCAUGACACACACUACGAGAGUUACAGAGCACAGUAG